GGAACUGGAAACGCUGUCCUACUUGCCUGAUUCGUGUGUCGCCGCUAUUUGUUAGGAAUAACGAUAUUGCUGCUGAGCAACUAAGGCAAAUAGGAGACGUGGGGAAACACACUGGGCUGGGCUACGAAAACUGUUUAGCUGCUGCAUUGAAACCUGAGAUAAAACUGACAGCGAAAAGAAGACCAAGGGAUGACGUAGGGACUGAGGCUGGAGGAGAGUGCAGAGAUGAGCCUCACGUCCUGGUUCCUCGUGAGCAGCGGGGGCACACGACACCGGCUGCCCCGUGAGAUGAUCUUUGUGGGCCGUGAUGACUGCGAGCUGAUGCUACAGUCUCGCAGUGUAGACAAGCAGCACGCUGUCAUCAACUAUGAGUCCAGCAGUGAUGAGCACAAAGUGAAGGAUCUGGGAAGCCUGAAUGGGACAUUUGUGAAUGAUGUAAGGAUCCAGGAACAGAUGUACAUCACUUUAAAGAUUGAUGACAAACUGCGGUUUGGAUAUGAUACCAACCUGUUCACUGUGGUGCGAGGACAGCUACAUGUGCCAGAGGAGGCUCUAAAGCAUGAGAAGUUCACAAGCCAACUUCAACUGGGCAAGAAGCCCACCUGCGCAGAGCCCUUAAAAACCCCUAAGUCUUCUCCAAAUAAAGCCAAAGUGAGCAAACCCACAGAGCCCAUUGCCGUACCAGCAGUCAAACCUGCAGAACCUAACAAAGGAGAUGACAAGAUGUCAGGUGAUAUAGCUUCCUUGCACAGGGGAACCCCACUGUAUGGACAGCCCUCUUGGUGGGGUGAUGGGGAUGCAGAUGAUGAGAAUUCCUUUAAACAAGAGAAUAAAACAUCUAGAAAGAAGCAGGAGAACAGCGGGACAGAGAACAAAGAGACCAAGCGAGGUGAUAAAUCAAAGGAAAAUGGUCUGGGUCCUAUAGGCGCUGAGCCCAGAUACUUUGAGAUUCCCAGCAAGGAGGGACAAAUGGCACUGAACAGCAUCCAUGAGAUCCCAACAAAGGACAAUGAGGGCACUGGGGCUACAAAAUCAGCCACAGAUAGUGCUGGCGCACAGACCAACACCUCAUUUACCAUUGAGUUUGAUGAUACUUCCCCAGGCAAGGUCACCAUUAAAGAUCAUGUGUCACGUCCACGACCUAAAAAGUCACCUCACAUUGGCGGUAAAGACCUCAGCACCCUGCAGGCAGCCAUCAUGGCCUCUGAGAGCAAGGUGGCUGACUGGCUUGCCCAGAAUGACCCUCCUCUUGUGAGGCGUGAGUCCACAGAAGAGGACAGUAAGAGCAUCAAGAGUGAUGUGCCUGUUCACCUCAAGAGACUUAAAGGCAGUAAACACGAGGAUGGCACGCAAAGCGAUUCCGAAAAUGGCUUUGGAUUACGAUUUGGCAGCAAACGCCAUGCAGCACUGGAGGAGCGCCUGAGAGCCGCAGGAGUGGGCCGGGUCAAAACAGAGGGGUCGUCUUCUGUGAGCCGCACAUCCUUCAUGAUCGAGUUCUAUGAUGAGGAUAACCCUCGCAAACGGCGCUCCUACUCAUUUUCACAGACCGCACCACUGCUCGGGGGCGUGGCAGGGGAGGGACUUUGCCCUGCACCACCCUCGCGUCCUAAGGUCGUCUCCACGUCAGCGGACGGCAGCAAGGGCAUGUCAUCGACCCUAGUUGCGGUCGCCCCAACCGCUGCUCGACUCCUGCUCAAGCAGAGAUCGGAGGAGCCAAAAGGGGCGCAGAGCUCUGCCGCUACCGGUCAACCCAGUCCCACAGAUGAGGCUCAGAAACAAGACGACGACCAGAGCGACAAGGGAACAUACACCAUUGAACUGGAAAAAAGCAACGCUGAGGAAGAGGAGGCACGCCGAAUGAUCGAUAAGGUGUUUGGGGUGGAGGACUCUCAGGAUCCUGUUUGCCCUGAGCAACGAGAAGCAGGUGGAAAAGCAAAGGAUGGCAAGAAGCUCAGCUCCACUUUGUCUAAGAGACUUGUGGAGGAUUCUGUUGCAGUCGGCAGCCCUCGCUGGGUUUCACAGUGGGCCAGUUUAGCUGCUAAUCAAACGCGGACAGACCCAGAGGGCUCUGGGGCAGAACCACCAGCUUUUGUCCAUCAAGAGCGAGAUGUUGAUGCAUUUGAAGCUGGCAUCUCUAUCAAGAGCACCGGCUCCACCACUUCCAGCCAAGCUGAGCGCAAAAGAAGGACUCUUCCGCAGCGUCCCACAGAGGAAAAAAAGCGCUCGGAGAUCGGUGAGAAACAGGACACAGAACCCCAGGAAAAAGAAAGCCACGAGGACCAUAAAGGUGAUGGCGAGUGCAUCGGCACUCCAAACAACAAGGAUGUUGUGUCUAGCCAAUCCAAGAGCAUCCAGCAGGACGGGAAGACAGGAAAACAUUCAUCUGUGCGUCCCCCGGGAAGUGGAGAGAGGAAAGCAUCAGAAGAGAGUCGCAGGAGGCUUUCAGAGGACAAGAGUAAAGGAAGUGACGGGGAGAGGUCUGGGAAGCCACUGGUGAGGCAGGGGAGUUUUACAAUUGAGAAGCCCAGUGGUAAUGUCCCAAUAGAACUGAUUCCUCGCAUCAACCGGCAGAAUGGAGGAAGGGAGCGAAGCGACUCGGUGGGCAGCAUGGACACGGCGACUCUUCUCAAGGACACUGAAGCUGUCAUGGCUUUCCUUGAGGCGAAACUCCGUGAUGAAAAGAAGAUGGACCCGAUAAAACCCCCAGCCUGCCCUUUAUCCCCUGAAUCUGAUAUCGACACGGCCAGCACAGUCAGCCAGGCGGCAGCUGAGGGGGAUCGCAAGGCGGUUCAGAAGCGUCGAUCCCUCACCAGCCUUUAUAGAGAGAAGAGCAAUGUGAGCACUGCAUCGAAAACCACAACCAGUGCAAGGGAGCGUCUUGAGAGGAAGACAAAGACCAAGACCACAGAAAGCCGCUCGGAUACUCGUCGUUCAGUACAGACAGCUUCCCGUGGCCGCCAACCAUCCCAAGAUCUCACUGACGACGAUCAGACAUCCUCGUUACCCAUCUCAGACAUCCUGUCCUCGGACCAGGAGAUGUAUUCCAGUCGCUCACACACUAAAGGUCACUUCACCUCCACCGAUGACCUUUUGCAGUCCAAGCUUGACACCAGCAAAUCUGCAAGGUCCUCAAAGCCCAGCAAGACUUUGGAAACCAGCGCCAAGCUGGCUGGUCUUCCGCAGCCCCGUCCCACGAGGGCAUCCCUGUUGCGCAGGGCUCGGCUUGGAGACACGUCGGACACAGAUCUGGCGGACGCGGACAGGGUCUCAGUGGCGUCUGAGGUGUCCACCACCAGUUCCACUUCCAAACCUCCGUCGGGGAGGAAGACGCAGUCACGCAUCGACAUGCUCGCACAACCUCGCCGCACCAGACUCGGCUCGAUUUCAGCACGGAGCGAUUCGGAGGCCACGGUCAGUAGGACCACGGCUACACGUGUGUCUGCAGAGACAGCGCUACGUCUGGGACUGAGAAGCACAAAUCAGCAAGCACCGCUAACUGCACGGAUGAGGGCUAAUAGUGUCUCCAAGCUAGCGGACCCCAAACCGAAGACAGCACCUGUCAACAGCACCCCAUCAGAAACUCAACUUGAGCCUGAAAGUGUUCUCUCAGAGGAGGAGCCCAUGGCCACUAACCGGUGGAGACGACUGCCUCCUGAAUAUGCCUCUACCUCUGAGGAUGAGUUUGGCUCUAACCGGAACCCUCCCAAACACAUUCGCCUGCGGCCGGGCACCACUCUUCGCACCAGCAGACUGGGUGGUCCCGCUCCGGUCACGACCAGCCCCGGGGGUCUCCUCCUCAAAAACAGGAUGAGAGAACAGGAGGAGUACAUACGGGAUUGGACAGCUCACAGUGAAGAGAUCGCCAGGUUAUUUCCCUGUGUGCGCAGGAUCAGUCAGGACCUGGCCAAGGACCUGGCCAUCCUGGCACGAGAGAUCCAUGACGUGGCAGGUGAGAUCGACUCGGUCAGUUCCUCCGGCACGGCGCCCAGCACCACGGUCAGCACAGCCGCGACCACACCGGGCUCCGCCAUCGACACCAAGGAGGAGGUACAUCUCACUGCCUUAAUUUCAAGAUGUUUAUUAGUUUACAAGGUGAUUGUUCUCAAUAACUUUGUUGUUAAUUCUCCUUUUCUGCAGCUGGUUGAGAGAGUUUUUGAUGAAAGUCUAAACUUCAGGAAGAUUCCCCCUGUGGUUCAUACCAAAGCCUCAGAGAUCAAUGGCAGACCAGUGGAGCUUCGUCCCCGGGCCCCGGACAGCGUGGACCCUCAGGCGGCCCUGCGCAGACGUACCUGGAACCGGGAUGAGGCGGUUCUGGACAGUUUAUUGCUGACGUCGGUUUCACAACUGUCUUCUAAAAUCCGACAGUCUGUAGAUAAAACAGCUGGCAAAAUCAGGAUAUUGUUCAAAGACAAAGACAGGAACUGGGAUGAUAUUGAGAGGAAACUCUGUGUGGAUAAUGAAGUUCCACUUCCCAAAACUACAAACAAGGAAAUUUCAUCUAUACUGACAGAGCUAAAGAGGGUAGAAAAACAGCUUCAAGUUAUAAAUGUCAUGGUGGACCCUGAUGGAACCCUUGACGCUCUGACCAGCCUCGGCCUCACAAGUCCAACCACCACCAAACCCAGAAGCAGUCCUGGGUCUCAGAGCACAUGGGGGCCUCUGCCCAGUAACGGAGCCCCUCAGCCGCCAACAACGAUCAGAACCAGCCCAGAGAGACCCAGUGUAGGACUCAACUUCAGCCGCUCACACCCCACAGGAGAGGAGAGUGCCAUCGCUAGCAAAUAAAAGACUUUCUGUUAGUAAACUGGAUUAAUAAAACUACAUACUGUAACUUGUUCCCGAAUGGAUCUUUUAAUGUGUAGAUAUAAUGUACUGUGCCCUUCUACAGGAUUCUGUAUGAGGUCUGUUUGUUGUUUUAUCCCGUUUUGUAACCUUUAGGAUUACAACGGUGUAUCUGGACUGACUGCUUAGCUCAACUAAGCAAAACCGCACCAAAACACCGACGGCUGCAUGUGACAGGAAGCAAGUGGCCAUCCAAGCCCAAUGAACUGGCAGACGUAUCCCUCGUGAACUUAAAAAAACAACUCCAGUGCCUGUCUGCUCUCCUCUGAGCUUACCAACACGUUCUGCAGUUUACCAAACUGAAUACAGCAAACUAUGUGCAAACUCAGCAAUUGUAUUUUGAAAUUUGUCUAUUUAGAUAACUGUAAUUUUUGGAAAAUGUUUUAGAUGUUACAUUUUGUGCAUUCAAGCUAUUCUGAAUUAGCUUAAUAAGGUUUUUUUUCAUGUAAUGAAUUUGUAUCAUUGAAAACUGAAAUAUCCACUGCGAUUCUUUGCAUACUGUAAUUUUGUAGUUUUCAAUUACUACAACAUAAAGAGGGGGAACUUGCAGUCAAAUGCAUGACAUGCACUAAUGGACUGGUAAACUGCACCCUGGCUAAAUCAAUUUUUGCCAUUAUGCUACUUCGAUCAGCACAGCUGAAUCAGCCUUAUGACUACAAGCGUGUGUGUACUAACAUUUCUGCAUAGACAGACGUCUGUCUUCAUGACACUCUGAUACCAUUCUAGCCACCUUCUCAUUACUGUUACCUGUUCCUUCUGCUGCUUGUCUGUUGGUGUAAACCUGAACCACUUUACCUGGCCUUUCUUUAGGAGCCCUGUAGGAAGAAUAUUUCUGAAAGUGAAUAGUGUAACUGUAGACUUAGACGAUAGUGCAGACUGGUACCUGACAGAAUACAUUCAGUAGGCUUUCCUUUGUUUUCUACAUGUAUGAUGUCACCAAGUGCCCAGUAUUCUCAGCUUAGUCUUUCGGUCUUUGAGGAUGACAAGACUUGAUUCAUUGUAAUAUGGUUUCAUUUUGCACAUCAGAGGAAUAAUGUGAAAUGAAGUAGUCAAUUCAGGGCACUUAAAAGAUUGGGACACCACUAAAUCCCACUGUACUCACUACAAGAUGCCUUUCCAGUGGGACGCCCCUCUGACAAAACAACCUGUUUGUAUGAGAGACAGCAGAUAAAGUGCUUGGUACAUUGAUUUCCCCUGUGGUUUACACAUUGUGUAUCAUAUCAGUGUUUUUUUUUUUUUCUUCGUUGUUUUUAAUGUAUUUUUUUAUUUAUUUUUGUUUCAAUUCAUUUAAUUGUUAUGGCACUUUUUUUUCUUUUUUACAUAAUUUUGCAUAUUCUCAAUAAAGGGGGGAACAGCA